AGGAUAUCAAAUAAGAAACACAGAUCAAUAGGCACAGGCAUCAAUGGCAGCAGCGGUUGCUACAAUGGCAAUGUUCAAUGCCAAGUGCUUGAGCAUCAAAUCACCCAACAACCUUAACCCUUCCAAGCCAACAUUUAAUAAACCCAUCUCCCUCCUAUCUCUCCAGAAUAAUCUGCCCAAAGGCCUCACUAUCUCCAAAGCUACCAAUGACAAUUCUAACCAAUCAUCUCCACUAGCUGGAACUGCUAUUGCUGGCGCAAUCUUUUCCACCUUGAGUUCUUGUGAUCCGGCCUUAGCAGCACAACAGAUUGCAGAGAUCGCUGAGGGCGACAACCGUGGCCUUGCUCUUUUGCUGCCCAUACUUCCUGCAAUUGCUUGGGUGCUCUUCAACAUCUUACAACCAGCUCUCAACCAAAUUAACAAGAUGCGAAGCACGAGAGGAAUCAUUGUAGGACUUGGGCUUGGUGGCGGUGGGUUUGGUGCAUCAAGUUUCCUGUCUACUCCCAGCGCAUCAGCGAGUGAAAUCGCCACGAUAGCUGAUGCUUCGAGUGAUAACCGGGGAUUACUUCUGUUGUUUGUUGUUGCUCCAGCUAUCCUUUGGGUGCUCUAUAAUAUUCUUCAACCGGCUUUGAACCAGAUUAACAAAAUGAGGUCGCAGUAAAAGGCUCAAUUGGGGUGGGUACCUCA